GCCUGUCAAUUGUUUCAAUUGUGUGUGCUAAACACGGGGGAAAAUUGCCCAUUUCCCCACGAUUUUACUGAAAAUCUCCAUGAAUUUGUGUAUUUUUGCGUGAUAAAAUGCAGACCAUGGUGAGAAUGUCUACGAUACGCACAGCGGUGGGGCUACGAAAACAUUUACUUAGCAAAUUGCCCGGCAAUGUUGCGGUAUCGACAGAUAGAUGCUACUCGCAGCAGCGACCCGGGUUCUUUUCGCAGUUCAUUGAGAAUAUCAAGCAGGAGAUGGAAAAGAACAAGGAAAUGAAGGAGAGUUUGAAGAAAUUCCGGGAAGAGGCUGAGAAAUUGGAACAUUCAGAUGCCCUCAAGUCGGCCAGGCAGAAAUUCAAUACAGUCGAAUCGGAAGCUUCAAAGGGUGGUGAGGCACUACGGGAAAAGCUUGAUAGUAUCAAAGAACGCGUGCAUGAUGUCCUGGAGGAGGCUUCCAAGUCAGAUUUGGGCAAGAAAGCCAGCCAAUUCAGUGAGGAGCUCUCCAAAUCAGCUCGCGGGGUGUCGGAAUCCAUUGCGGAAAAGGGUCAGCAAAUUGGGAAAAGUGGAGCCUUUCAGAGUAUCUCUCAUGCCACGGAAGCCGUCAAGAAGGAGAUUAGCACACAAGGUAUGGCUGGGAGGGUGUACAGAAGUCCAGCAAAUCUCCGGAAACGCGUGGAAGUUGCAGCAGCGAGUACAGAGAGAGUCUAUGAGGCAAAUGACGAUGCCAAAGGCAUUGAACUACACAAAGAUAGUAAAUUCUACCAAUCCUGGGAAGACUUUAAGAAUAACAAUGCCUACGUCAAUAAAGUCCUCGAUUGGAAGCUGAAGUACGAUGAAUCGGAGAAUCCCGUGAUAAGGGCAUCACGUCUCCUCACCGAUAAAGUCUCCGACGUGAUGGGGAAUCUCUUCUCGAAGACAGAACUCUCAGAAACACUCACGGAGAUCUGCAAGAUUGAUCCGAAUUUCGAGCAGAAGCAAUUCCUGCGUGACUGCGAAACGGACAUUAUUCCCAACAUCCUCGAGGCCAUGGUUCGGGGGAAUUUGGAAAUUCUGCGCGAUUGGUGCUUCGAGAGUACGUACAAUGUGAUAGCCACACCCAUAAGUCAAGCCCAAAAGGCUGGCUACUACCUAGACUCCAAGAUUCUUGACAUUGAGAACAUCGACCUUGCCAUGGGGAAAGUGAUGGAGCAGGGUCCAGUGCUGAUAAUCACCUUCCAGUCGCAGCAGAUAAUGUGUGUGAGAGAUUCGAAGAAUUCCGUCGUUGAGGGAGAUCCCGAAAAGGUGAUGCGAGUCAACUAUGUGUGGGUACUGUGUCGAGAUCCCAACGAACUCAAUCCCAAAUCCGCCUGGCGUCUCAUGGAUCUCUCCGCAAACAGCACGGAACAAUUUGUCUGAGAAGCUACAACGGAAAGUCUUUGAGGAAAUCAAGCCAAACGUGUAUAUAGCCCCAUAGUCCUGCCUCGGGAAAAGUGCUUUUUGUUGAAGGUUUGUCAAAGGAAUAAAAAAAAGGUAUAAAGUUGAAGGAUUUUACGCGAAAAAAGAUGAUUGAUUUUUUGCUUUUCUUCUAAAUUUUUGCAAUAGAUUUUUAUUCUUUAUAGUUUGCAAAAAAAAGAAGGAUAGGCAAGAAGUUCUUGGACUGGAAAAAUCAGUGCAAAUAAAAUUAUUUUUAAACUUUUGUGUGGAUAGAAAAAAACCAAGAACUUUACGUUCUUGUGUUGCUUGUAAACAACCACUAAAAUUGACAAAAAUCAGCGGAAAUAUGAUCGUUUUUACGAGAGUUACGAGACGAUAAAAAACAAUUUUAAAGUGAUUGUAAAAGCUUAGAGAGAGAAUAUUAAAAUAUGGAAGAUAUGAGUAUCUUCUAGUUAAGUGCUUUUUAGAAUUUUUCAGAGGUUACAUACCUUUCUCUUCAUCAAGUUAAGUCUUUUUAACAAAUUAAAAUUUUUUCUGGUUUAUUGGUUGAGAAGAGCAAUAAUUUCUUUUGCUUUUUGCUAACAAUGAACGUGUUUUUGUCAAAAAGACAUUUUUAGCAAAGACAAUUCGUGUUCUUGAACUGAAAUAAUUAACUAAUUUCAAGCUCUCAGUCGUUACAAAAUUAGUUGACGAUACAAUUUUAUUUUAAACCGGAUUUAAUCUUCUUUUUUGACAAUUAUGAAAAUUCAUACUCGCCGUCAAAUGAGAUAAAAAAUUAAUUAAAAAAAAUUAUUUCACAAAUACUUUCAUGAUCAUUGAAAAUUCAUAUUAAGUAACUAACCCUUUUAUAACCAGUUAAGGAAAAUUAUAUAGAAAACAGUGGGCGUAGAGUGAAUGUUUGAGUGUGGUAAACACCUGAAGUUCAAACAGUUCAAGUUCGGUUUUUUUUUCUUAAAAAGCUAAAAGAUUUUAUUUCCAGCCUUAAAACUAAAUCAAAUUAUUUGAAAAGAGCGGUUUCUAAAUGUCAGAAAAAACUGUCACAAGUUAGAAAUAAAAUGUCAAGAAAAGUCAAAAACGUUAGGAGAACAAACGUCAAAUCUUCAUUAAGAAACAAAAGUUUUUGAAAAAAAAAAAUUUAACGAACUUUUAAGCGAAAAUCUAAUCGUGCGGCUUGAAAAGACUAACUAUAAGAACUUUCUUUGUUAUAAAAUUAAUUACAAUAGUUAGGUGAACAAAAGAGUUCGAUUCUGUCAUAAACUUCUCUCCAAACUAGAAAGUUGUUAUAAGAUUUUAAAACGUUCUGUUCGUGUUCUAAAAGAAAAAAAAAAUCAUUUAGAAUGUUCCUUAAGGGUUUCUGGAAAAAAAUUGUUUUUUUUUUUUAUUGAAAGAAACGAACUAUGUAUUAAAAUCUUGCAAUAUUUUUCACAAAUUACGAAAUCUUAAAAUUCUAAAAUUGUAGAAAAAAAUAUUUUUCACGGAAUAUACCUUAAAAAUUCUAAUUUCUUUUUUCAACAAAUAACAGGCAGAAUUUAAAGAGCAUUGGCUUUAUACGGAAAGUUUGUAAAAGAAAUAAUUUCGCACAAACAUGCAAAAUAGCUGAUGCCAUAAGCCAGGCCCAUUUUGCAUCUCGUCUCAAUAUCCGGCUAUAAAUUUACUUAAUAAUAGAGUAAGAAAAAAACCAAAACAAUCAUUACUGAAGCUCAACACUAAUUCAUCUUUUAACUUCUUCAUUGAAUUUCUUAUUAAUUUGUUUUCAUUUCGAAUAAAUUAAUUUAUUCUUGUCUCGUUUUGGGAAAAUCCUUAUUACGUAUUUUAUGUUAAAUUCUUCUCUCUAAUCCAAUUAACUCUUCUCUCAACCUUGACUAAAUAAGACUAAAUCAGUCAUUUGAAGCAUUCAAAUGAGUUUCUAGGAAAAAUGAAGUUUUUCCUUUGAUUUUUGUCCGUUUUAAGGGAAGCUUAAGCAAACACAUUAGUUUGAAAAAAAUCCCCAAAUUGCACUGAAUUUUUCCACCAAAUCACAAAAGUAAUUCAACUUCAAUCUCCUUUUAACAUGUCGGAUUUCCUUUUGCAAAUCUUUCACAAACAAAAAGCAAUUUUUCCAGAUUAGAAGGGAUAAUCUGUCGUCCGUUGGGAAUUGUUGGUUAAAAAAAAAAUUUGUACAAAUUGUGACUGUUAUUGAA